AUGACAGCGGAGCUUUCAAGGGUACGGACUGAGUUUGUGGACAGGGUGAAUGAUGUCAUCAUUGGCCAGCUCUUGAAUGACAUUUUAGGUAACGGUUUGAACGAUGGAGAGGUAGAAGAUAUCAGAUCAUUUCCAAACAGGGCAGCCAAGGCCGGCAAACUCAUUGAUAUGUUGAGGAUGAAAGACGUUGAUGAUGUCAGCUGGAAGUUCAUUGCUAGUCUUGAAAAUAGAGAUCCUACACUUCACAAAAGGCUGGGUCUGCCUUCUGCUUCUCAACGUCAAUCAUCUCAGCCAGCUCACAUAUUUCACAGGUGUAGUUCACAAGUAAAGGAACUUCAUUUUGAACAGCCAUGUUGUGUUUUGUGGUUCACAGCUGUUGAGGCUCCGGAAGACCAGGAGUGGUCAGCCACACUCAUAACAACAAGGCAAGACUUCUGGGAUGAGAAGCAGAAAGAUAAAACUGUUUACCCUGCGACCAUAAAAUCAAUCAGGAGACGUGUGGCUCUCCUAAUCACUAACAUAGAGUUUAAGAAUAAGGACAUGAAUAGAGACGGUGCAGACAAAGACGAGGACAGCAUGGAGAAUCUGCUCAUAGAGCUGGGAUACGAGGUGGUGAAGCACAGAAACCGCACUGGAAAGGAGAUUGAGGAAGACAUAAUUAAGUUCUCCGAGCAUAAAAAACUGAAAGACACAGACAGCGUGUUUGUGGUUAUCAUGUCUCAUGGGGAACGGCAUGCUGUCUAUGGAGUCAACUUUAAAAAAGAAGACAAAGAGCAGGACAAGUUCCUCAUUGAUAACAUUUACAAACGCUUGGGGACAACGAGCUGUCCAGCGCUGAGGGACAAACCCAAGAUCAUCCUCAUCCAGGCCUGCAGUGGAGACAAGAAGGGAUCCGUGCCUGUUAGUGAUAGUGCAACAUCAGCUGUGGCCAGUGGUGAUGCACCAGAGCCCUACCUAUCACUGUCUGCUGGUGAAGAAAAGAAUCAGUCUGAUUCUUUGUCACGUGAUCACAGAGAAAAAGACUUCAUAUGUUUUCGCUCUUCCACCCCUGAUACUCGCGCAUAUAGAAAUGUAGAAGAAGGGUCUUAUUUUAUCCAGUAUAUUGUUAAAGUACUGAACACCUUCGCACACGAGGAUCACAUUGAGAAACUUUUCAAAAGAGUCAUGCGCAGCUUUGAGAAGCUGCAAAUUGAUAUCGAAGAAGAAGGAGUGGAUAAACAAAUGCCAAACACAGAAAGAGGCAAUCUCCCUAGGGACUUCUAUCUCUUUCCCGGCAUAUGAGACAGGAUCCAAUAUUGUAGCAACACAGGACAAUGGACUUUGUUGCCAUGUUUCAUUCAUUUAAAUGUAUUCCUUCAUUCAAUUAAUCUUACAAUGCCUUUGGAUGUUCCACUUUGUAAUUAGAUAAAAUAUACAUUUUAUAUUUCAGACAGUGUGUAAGACUUUAAAUUAAUGAAGC